UAAAAUUUUGUUUGUUUGCAGAAAAAUCAGUACUAAAAAUGGCAGGAAACGUAGAUAUGGGAGCUAUUCUCAGUCAGCAGUUAAUCAAUGCUGCUAGAGUAAUGGAAGAGCAGGUUGAUGAUGAGAUUAAGAACCUAGAGAAGCUGGACGAGGAUGAUCUUGAGGCUAUCAAACGCCGAAGACUAGAGGCGAUGAAGAACAUGCAGAAGAAGAAGGCUGAGUGGAUGCAGCAGGGCCACGGGGAGUACUCCGAGAUACCCGAGGAGAAGGAGUUCUUCAAUAUCACAAAGAAUUCACAGAACGUUGUUUGUCAUUUCUACAGAGAAGAAACUUUCAGAUGUAAGAUCCUGGACAAGCAUCUGAAUAUUCUGGCCAAGAAACAUCUUGAAACAAAGUUCUGCAAGAUUAAUGCGGAAAAGUGUCCCUUCCUCUGCGACAGACUCAAAAUCAAGGUCAUACCAACAGUGAUUCUGAUCAAGGACGCACAGACCCGUGGAUACGUAGUUGGGUUUUCAGAGCUGGGAAACACUGAUGAGUUUAGUACUGAGAUGCUGGAGUGGAGAAUUGCUCAGAAUGAAGUAAUCACUUACUCUGGCGACCUGAUGACCCCUCCCGAUGACGCAAAGAAAUCCUCCAAAACAAAUUUUAUCGGCAAGAAGGUAAAGGGACGUGGGAAGCGUAAUGACGGGGAUUCCAGUGAUGAGAAUGAUUGGUAGAGCUCUAAGCUGAACCUGGAUCAGGAGAGGAAUUGUUGAUGAUACUCAAACCUGGGAGAACAACACAAUACCAAGCAUUCCAUCCUAACCUGGAGUAUUUGCUUAUGUACAUAGCACUACUGUACAAUUUACGUCAAUGAGGAAACCCUACAGUACACUCUUCCAGUAACAUCUUUAUAUCGCACUAACUACACUAAUUUUAAGUUGCCUUCGUUGCCUUGAAUAUGCAUUUAUGUUUUGUUAAUCUUUGCCAGUUCUAGUAUUGGUGAAGAUAGUUAAGUAAUUAUACAUACACUGUUCGUCAGA